UUUUUUUUUCAGAAGAGGUUUAGAGCCAAUUACACGUAAUGUGAGCUGUUCCUAAGGUUGCUCUGUUGUUACAUUUAAAGGGAAAAUAAGAAAUCUACCAGUGUUUUCCAUUUGAAAUAAAGUCUCAGGAGCUGCAGUUCUGCUUUUCAGAUGAGUGGUCAACUGAGAGAAAAAAAAGAGAGAAAAUUUGAGCUGAAAAUGCAGAUGGAAGCGCUCUGUGUAUGAUUUAUGUAUAAAAAUAUAUAAAUAUGUUCUAGAGCCUAUACCUUCUUCCCAGUGUGCUGAUAAAAACUCAUAAAGCAUAACCUACUUAAGAGAAAAUGGUCUCUGCUCGAUGGUUGUUCCAGAUGGUUCUUCUCCUCUUCAUCAGACGUCAUGAGUCUGUGUUAGCUGGAAACCUUGUCUUGACCAAUAAAGUUGUUCAUGUUGGAAGAGGACAAGUGGUUUACAUCAGUGAAAACGAACUGAGAUUCAAUAUUCCAAGAAAAAAGGGAGAAUGUAAGGUUGAAGUAAUUGUAAAUGAACCUACAACUCAACGAGUGGGAAAACUCUCUCCUCAGGUUUUUGACUGUCAGUUCUUGCCAAAUGAAGUGAAAUACUCUCAUAAUGGAUCACCUCUUUUGGAAGAAGAUUCUGUGAUGCUAAAUGUAUACAGGUUCUCUGAACUGGAGACAACAGUAGAGCGUCUUCUUAUGUUAAUACAAAUCAAUGAAUCUGAAUCUGCUGACAGUAUUGUUAAUCUUGGGCAAUACUUGGAAGUCCCGGAGUUUUACGGUGUCUCAUCCAAUGCUGUGGAUAAAAACAUUCUGUCACUCAAGCAUGGGUGGAAUAAGCCUGGCACAAGUUGUGUUGUCAGAACCCUGUCAUCUGCACUACACUUUCCUGCUUACGGACAGGUUGUUGUAGAGGACUUCAGACGGGACAGCAAAUACUCACCUGGUUCUCUGCCCAAUCCUAGAGCAAGAAACUAUAGGCACGAGAAAGUUCCCUGUCCUGGAAACAAAGUGUGUCCUCCUGGACUGAAAGAAGUUAGACAUUUGAAAGCAAACUGUGAAGAUUUCAUGGGGAUGGGAAUUAAGUAUCAACAUCUCAGUCCCCCGUCACCUGACAUGGAUUACAUUCCACUUCAAGUAGAAAUUCGUGAUAGGGAGAACAGACAAGAAUUACAAACACAAAACAUAUGGAUCCCUGUGAAGAUUGUAGGAGCAAUUCCAAACACUCCGCCCCGCCCGGCAUUUAUGCCUAUGUAUAUUUUAGAGAUCGAUCAGUUUGUCCUGACACCCCUUACAACUGCCGCUAUAGAUGCAGAAGAUGAUGAGACCCCCAAAAACAGACUUGUGUUCAAUGUUACUUCAGCACCACCAACGGGAUUUAUAACCCAUGUGGAUUAUCAUAACAAAGAGAUAACAUCUUUUACCUGGCAGGACCUGCAUGAUAUGAAGAUAGCCUACCAGCCCCCAAACAUAACACAUACAGAGAGGCAGAACUAUGAGGUUGAAUUUCAAGCAAUUGACAGUUUCUUCAUGAACAGUUCUCCAAUAAUUGUUCAUUUUUCAAUUCGAACAGCAGAAACCAAUGCUCCAAGGGUAUCAUGGAACAUGGGUCUCACCCUGUUGGAAGGUCAAUCCCGGCCAAUCCUGUGGGAUAAUUUUCAGAUCGUAGACAGUGAUAAUCUUUUAGCAGUAAAGCUUGUUACUGUUGAUGGUUUACAAUAUGGACGUCUUACCAACAGAGGAGCUAAAGCAUUCAUAUUAACUGUACAAGACAUCAAGGAUGGCCAGGUGAGAUACCACCACGAUGACAGUGACACCACUAUGGACUAUAUUGUUUUCAGAAUUUAUGAUGGAAAACACAGCAUACGGCACAAAUUUCCCAUAAAUAUCCUUCCUAAAGAUGAUAGCCCACCUUUUCUGGUCAACAACAUUGGCUUUGACCUAGAAGAAGGAGCAGAUGUCUUAAUAGAGAAGCACAUGCUAAUGGCCUCCGACCUGGAUUCUAGCGAUGAUUACAUCCUUUACAACAUCACAAAGCCACCAAAAGCUGGAGAGCUGGUAAAGAAAUACUAUGCUGAGACUUCAGGUACUCCAGUGUCUAUAUUUUUGCAAAGGGACCUGUUUCGUGGACUUGUGCAUUACAAACAUUUUGGUGGUGAAAUUUUUCAGGACUCCUUUGAGUUUAUCUUAUCAGAUAGUCAUGAUCCGCCAAACUAUUCUGAGCAACAGAUUGUAAUAAUUCAUAUUACACCCGUCAAAGAUCAGCUGCCUAAAGAAGCGGAAGGAACCAAUAGACAUAUUUUUGUAAAGGAAACUGAGAUAACCCCAAUCACAAAGGCACAUUUACACUUCACUGAUAGCGAAUCCCCAGACACCCAAAUUGUGUAUACUGUGACUAAGCCGUGUUACUCAGAGACCUCUCCCAGUCUACGAGAUGUAGGAAAACUUAUUUUUGUAGACAACAUCAAUUUGCAAGAAAAAAAUCCUUUAAUUCCUGGAUUGACAUUCUUUACCCAGCACGCAGUAACCCACUUCAAAGUGGCCUAUAUGCCACCACAGAGGGAUAUUGGUCCUGAUCCAAUCCUUAUCCAGUUUGAGUUUUCUGUAAGUGACCAGCAAGGGGGACAGCUGUCCGAACUCAUCUUUAAUAUCACUGUGAUGCCGGUGGAUGAAAAAGCCCCUGAGAUUCUUACCAACCAAAUAAAAACAGAAGAAGGCGCAAGUUGUUUCAUUACUGGAGAAAAUAUUAUAAUUACUGAUGUGGACACUAAAAAUGAAAAACUUAAAGUUCAGCUGAAAAAACGUCCUCAGCAUGGAAGUAUUGAAAUUCAUGGAACGAUGAUGGCUGAAGGAGAUACGUUUAGUUUGGAGGAACUUAACACCUUUAAAGUCAGGUACCAGCAUGAUGAUUCCGAAUCAAUUGAAGAUACGGUAGUUUUUUCAGUAACAGAUGGAUUUAACAGCGCAGAUGGGGUGCUGAAAGUGCAGAUUAUACCAGUAAACGAUGAGCCUCCAGAGCUUCAAACAGGGCUAAAAAACAUCCUGGAAUGUCCAGAGGGAGGACGUGUGACUAUAACAUCUGAGUACCUCCAUGCCACUGACCCUGACAGUGAGGACUCAAAGCUGACAUACGUGAUAGCCCGAAUGCCAAUGUACGGAAUGAUACAACGAGGAGGAAUCAUGGUAGAGAAAUUCACACAGCUGGAUGUAACUCUGGGAAUUAUCUCCUAUACACAUACUGGUGGUGAGAUAGGUGCCACCUCUUGUACAGAUACAGUGACCUUAAUUGUCUCUGAUGGAGAAGCUGGUGCAGUGGACACCUGUUGUUCAGAAAGUCCUCUUCCCCCACCUGUUCCUCUGCAUGUCAGCCUUCCUGUCUAUGAUCUGAACAUCACUGUCACUCCUAUUAAUAAUCAGCAUCCAAUCUUACAUAUUGGAGAAAUGUUCUUUGUGUAUGAGGGAUCCUCAUCUGCAAUCUCUCUAAACAAUCUGAAUGCUUCUGAUUUGGAUUCAUGUUCUGAUGAGUUAAUUUUUAUUAUGGAGACGCAACCAAAAUAUGGAUACUUGGAGAACACAUUGCCAAAUCCUGGCUCAGAGAAGACUUCACUUGGGAUAAACAUAAGUCUUUUUAGUCUUGGGAAUGUAAGCUCUGGAUAUGUCAGUUAUGUCCAGUCGAAACAUGAGCUUGUGGAACCAACAGCAGACUUCUUCAUGGUGUCGAUCACGGAUGGUCUACAAAAGUCCAUGCCCAUGCCAUUUUACAUUGUUAUUAAACCCACCAAUGAUGAGAAACCUCAGCUACAUGUGAAGAACAUUACGAUAAUUGAAGGGGGCAUUUGUGAGCUUGGGCCAGCCACACUGAAUGCAGAAGAUUCAGACGUCCCUCAGGAUACAUUAAAUUUCUCUAUUGUAAUCCCCCCUAUUCAUGGGAUGAUAUUAAAUGGAGCAUAUGUCCGAAAUAUCAGUCAUUACAAACAGCUGAACCCUCUUGUACUUGACAAAGACCUACAGAUACGCAGCUUUACCUUAGAUGAACUCAAACAAGGAAUGGCACUUGUGUACAUGCACGAUGACACAGAAACUCUUCAUGAUAGCUUUGCUGUUCAGUUGACAGAUGGCAGUCACACAGUCCAAAAGAUACUUCAUGUUCGUGUUAUGCCAGUGAACGAUGAAAAGCCCCAUCUUAUCAGGAAUACUGGCUUAGAUGUUGAAGUGGCAGAAAAUAAAAUAAUAUCAAGUGUGGUAUUAGAAGCAGGAGAUAAAGAUUCUUCAAGGAAAUCUAUUUAUUACAUAAUAAAUAAUGGACCAACAUUUGGAGAACUCAAACAAAAGGUUGGUAAUGUCUGGGUAACACUCCAUCCUGGCAUGAAUUUCACCCAAGAAGACAUUGAUAUGAACGAUAUCUGGUACUUUCAUACCAUUAUUCUUGGAUCUAAAGGACAUGACAAUUUUCGAUUUUAUAUCACAGAUGGAGAACACAGCUCCCCACCGGAAAGCUUCUACAUAUCUAUUCUAAAUUUAGAUAAAGGUGACAUUGUGCUUCUCAGCAAACCCAUAACUUUAACACAGGGUGACAGGGUGACCUUGAUGACAGAUGUUCUGAUAGCAACAGAUGGCACUGGAAAACCAGAGAAGCUGCUGUAUGCUGUCUCUGUGCCACCUGUGCAUGGUCAGAUUGAGUACAUCAAUUAUCCCGGCGUGCCCAUUUCCAGUUUCAGCCAGUUAGAUGUUGUGGCCCAGAAGGUUUGCUACGUCCAUGACAAUAGCCAUGAGGCUAGUAAGGAUUCAUUCAGUUUCAUCAUCAGCAAUGGCCUAAAAGCAAAAGAUGGAUUUUUAGAGUUAAUUAUUGAGUACCCUGAUAGGAUUCCCCCAACGCUAAUCAACAACAAGGCCCUCUAUUUAAUGGAAGGGGAAUCCAUGACAAUCUCUUCGGACAUCUUGCAGCUUACUGACCCGGACAGUCCGCUGGAGAAACUUCAUUAUAUAAUCACUGAAUAUCCCCGACAUGGUCAGUUGUACCUUAAAGAUAACAUCUUGCAGCAGAAAACCUUUUCUCAGGCCGAUGUGGACAGUAUGUACCUGUCUUACAAACACUACGGGGAUGCACGACAAAUGGACACAUUUUCAUUUAUUGCCACCGAUAACAUCAAUCAAGGCUUUUUAGUUGAGGGCCAACUCAAAGAGGACUCUGUGGUUUUUCUCAUACAAGUGGAGCGUGUAGAUAAAUUACCACCAAAAAUUCUUAUCAAACAGAGUCCUUCAACAGUGGAGAAUACAAAAGAUGGCCGAGCAGUAAUAACAAUUACAGCCAGAAACCUAAAAGCAUCAGAUCAAGAUAGCCCAGAUGAGGAUCUGUUAUAUGUGGUUCUGAGAUCUCCAUAUUUUGGUCACUUGGAAAACACAAAAACAGGGGACUAUGUGGGAAGUACUUUCACACAGAGAGAGGUCAAUCAAAAUGCUAUCCGCUAUAUUAUUAAUCCCUCGUUUGAAGUGAACUCAGACAGCUUUGAAUUUAAAACCUCAGAUCCAGCAGGGAAUGCUGCUCUUCCAGAAGUGCUUGAGUUUAAUUGGUCAAGAAUUGAACUAGCGCAAUCAUAUUACCGAACAUGUGAAAAUGUUGGAACUUUGGCUGUGAAAGUGAUACGUUCAGGCACCAGCAGAGACCCAGCUUUUGUUGGCAUAAAGGUACAGGAAGUUUCUGCAAGGAUUGGAUUGGAUUUUACCCACAGUACAGCGAGCCUUGUGCAGUUUGAUCCAGGUGUUUCCACAAAAUUAUGGAACAUUUACAUUAAAAAUGAUGGCUUAGAAGAAAAUCAUGAAAUUCUCAGAAUACUGCUGAAAACACCCAAGAAUUGUGUACUGGGAAGAAUUAGUGAGGCAACUAUUGAAAUCACUGAUCCGAGAGCAGGUCAGUGUAAGACCCCGGAUACAAAUAGUAGACGCAAUGAGAAACAUUCAGGAGCUGUACAACACCAUUCUCCAAGAACCCAAAUCCACAGUGAAAAUGGAAGGAUUUCUUCAUCUAAUUCAUUUAGCCAAAUAUUACUUCACAACAGAGAUAAGACACCGUAUUACCACACAAGAACAGCUAUCAGCGGGGCACAACCUUCCCAGAACAACGGACAGCAUCCGCAUCUUUUUGGUAGCCCUGUGCUUUUUCAUGGACUGAUCCCAAUGAAGGCUCCAAAUCAGAAUGGGAGAGCAGAUACUCUGCCUAUACCUGCGCUAUCCGUGUCUGUGAAUAGUAAACACGACCUUCCUCAAGGGGACUCAGCGACUCGCGAUUCACACCAUCCUUUAGCAAAUACUACAGAGCAGGAAGAUAAAUGUCCUGAUGGAUGGACCCUUUACAAUAAUCAGUGUUAUCAUCUCAAUGCCUUUCGAAAUUCUACCUGGGAAGACGCCGAACGAGCCUGUUUGCAAGUAUUUGACAGUCACUUGACAAGUGUGCAUUCUGAAGCAGAAAUUAAAUGGCUGUGGAAAUUUGCAGACAGGAAGCCAUUUUGGAUUGGGCUUAUGUCAUCAAGAGAGGGCAAUGGUUGGCUGUGGAGCAACAAAAGUCAAGUAACCUAUAAUAACGUGAAAGAAAGGGAAUUUGUGUCACCUGGGACCAGUAAAAGACGUUGCGUUCUUGCAUGGAGAAAAAAUGAAUGGGUGACAAGGAGAUGUAAUAUUGGACAGAAAGAAAGAUAUAUCUGUUCCUUUCAUUUAUAGGACUUUUUGAAAACCAAGGAAUAAAUGACACCUACGUUUAACCUUUCAUGGUCAUAAAGACAAAGUUUAUGAAGACAUUAUUAUCUAUCCCUGUAGUGCAGUACCUUCAUCACUGCGCACAACACAAGCGUUUAUUGCAAACGAUUCAAAGCAGCUGAGUACAGCAGAAAGGGGUUUUAUGCUUUUUACAGGAGUAAAAAAAAAUCAAAUAUAUACAAAUGCAUUGCUUCAUUUCUAUGUUAAUUAUUAGAAUUGUGCUGCAGUAAAUUGUUGGAACUCUAAACAA